AUGAGCUCGAUCGGAUGUGGGGUUACGAUCUUCCUCCUUGCCGUCCUGCCAGAUUGUGAACAUCCAGAGUGGUCGAUUCCCAUUUUAAUCGUACACGGCCUCGCCUUCUCCUGCAUCAUCCCCGGCUUCUUCACGUCGCUGCUGCUCAUCGCUCCGCCGUACACCGGCACGAUGACGUCGGUCGGCCGCAGCUUUUCAAUGGUCGCCAACAUUUCCGGGGCCAUGCUGAUGUCGUUGAUUGAUAAGAUGAACAAGUGGCUGAUCAUCUUCUCGCUCGACGCCUUCUCCCAGCUCACCAGCGGCGUGUUUUUCAUCUUUUAUGGGAAAGCAACCAUACAAGAAUGGGCGAUCCCCGCCACAACCACCAUCCCAACCCUCAACACCCCAGCCACCUCCGAGGCGGCCAUCGACUUGAAU